AUGAUCUUCAAGUCCACGGCCCAUUGCCUGACGGGCUUGAACCACAAGACGAUCGGGGACAUCUACCGCGCGAACGACAUGGCCCGCAGUCUCUACGCGCAUGACAUGAAGAGGCCCAUCAAGUUCGACAGCGCCCCUGGCAACAAGUCGUGGUGCGACGUCGAGGCCGGCGAGGUUGACCACGGUAAGAACGUCGUCGACGACGGAUGCCCGUCGCCCCACGACGCCGCUUCGACUUGGGAGCAUUGGGGUGGCGUCCAGCAGCGGGGGGCCCCGCGCGCGCUCACCCCGACGCGUCUGGGCCCUAAGCAGACUGUGUCUCGGGCGCCAGGGCCAGGCCCCAUCAGGGAGGGGGAGUGGAAGAAGUAUGCGCAGAAGCACCUCCAGAACCGCAGAGUCAUCCUCCACACUGACGGCGCCCGCGCCCACAAGCUCAAGGUUCCUGGGGUGAUUCAUGGCCGCGCGGUUCAUGCGAAGAAGAAGCUGAAGGACAGGGGCGAGAAGCCAGUCAGCGCAACGGCCGACCCGUGGACCGCGGAGGGCGCGGCGGCGGCUGGGUCGUGGCUCGCGGGGCUUGCGCGCCCGUGCCGCUGCCGCUGCAGCUGGGCUGACAGCCCUGGCGCCCUCGAGCUGCUGGAGAAGCAGCUCGACCGCUGCGGGCCCGAGAACCUCUAG